AAAUUUGCUCCGCAGCGUCUUAAUUCUAGAGAGAGAGUGAGAGUUAAGAGAGAGAGACAGAGCCCUAAUCGGGAAUUCUAGAGAGAGAGGGAGAGUGGUAAAGCUCAGAGAGAGAGAGAGAGAGAGAGAGUGUGUGUGUGUGUGGAAAGAUUAGGGUUUUUCCUGAUGUCGGCAACGGAAGGUUUCUUUGUUCUUGAUUUAGAGAACAGAGUAGUCGGAGAUAAGGGCAAAGUAGAGGGAACAACAAAGGGGUCUUCUGGAGGUGGAGCAAGACAAAAACUUGGCAACAUCAGCAACUUGCCACAAAGACCUAAACCCUCGACCCAAGAUGAGAAGUCACAGAUUAUUACAACUAGUAAAGAGUAUGUUGACCAGCUCCAGAAGGAAAAUAUGGCGCUGAUGAAGCUUCUAGCAGAUAGAAACAAAAUUAUCGAAUUGAGUGGAUUUGAGUUACAGAAACUGAGAGUCAAUUUGCAGAAAGUACAACAACAAAACUGGCAACUUGCUCAAGCAAACAGCCAGAUGCUAGCGGAACUCAAUUCUGGGAAAGAUAGGCUAAAAGUACUACAUCAUGAGCUUGGAUGCAAAAACUCCUUGCUUAAAGCAAAAAAAAUUGAAUUGGAGGAGAAAGCAAAAACGAGAACAUGUCAAAAAAUUGGUAGUGAGGUGGAAAUGACGAGGUGUGAGGAAGAGUCUUCACAAGCAGUUGGUGAAUACAAUAAACCUUGCAAUACUAACAGGAAGCAACGAUCAAAAAGUCUGGGCCCUUCAACUACUAAACAGGUUCAAGUCAAUGAGAAAUCUGAAAACAAAAGGCUCUGUUUGAGAAGGCAAUCUGCCAGAUUUAAAUGUGAAGAACCAGAACGUACUGAAGACUUGUUUGAGCUAGACAAUGCUGAAUUUCCUAUAUGUUCUCUGGGUGAUGAUAAAAUGCAGGAAGAUGGUUCAGCUUCCAUGAGUUCAUCAGUCAAAAAAGAAGAUACAGAAGGAAAUACUGCCCCGAGAGAUGAAGCUCGAGAAUUUCGAAGAUCAUCUAUAGGGAGGCCUUCACGCCUAGCAGUCAAGAAGGUUAAUUCCUACAAGGAAGUUCCCCUUAAUGUGAAAAUGCGCAGACUUGAGUGAGUCAAAUCUCUACUGCACAACUGAUGCUGGGGUGUGUUUAGAAACCUGAAGGCCUUUAACUCCUACUUUGUUCUUUCCUCACUGUUAACAUUUCAAACUGGAAUAUUUUCUUAUUAUCAUCUGCGGAUGAUAAGUAAGAAAUACAGAAAUGAACAUGUUUUUGUAUCAAUGAGCUGCAUUUCUUUCUUAACUUCUUACUGUUUUCUUUCCCGUGAAACAACUUUUCUAGCUCUUCUUCAUUUGGUAUAUUGUUUUGAGCUCCAUGAAUUUUGACUGCUAAUGUAGUAUAUAGGAUUUC